GGAGAGGCCACACCCCCUGCUGCUGCUAUAAAUCCUUUUCUGCUUGGUUGUCUCCACUCUGAAGGCAUCUGAGGGCUGCACAAGUCUUGAAGCUUUUGUCUUGCUCCUGGUCGUUCUUCUUCUAGCUCCUCAUUCUCCACCUCGAGAGGUCAUGGCCGGCACUGCUCCCUUCCUCCACCUCUUGCUGCUCGGCGCUGUGGUUCUGCCCAACUGCAUCUCUGCACAGAGGACCCAAGUCCGUCGUCACAACGUGAAAGUCAAGAUCAACGCCACAGGUGACACGAUCAUCAUGAAGUUCCUGCGACCGAGUCCCGACUUCAAGCUGGAAGGUUACAUUCUGGGUUACGGCAGCAGCAUUUCCUCCAAACAGUUCAUCCCUUUGCCUGAAAAUGGGAUACCCUAUCAGGCUGAGUUGGAUGCAGAACCCAAGUACCUAGUGGCCGUGCAGCCGAUCCUUACUAACGACGUGACCAAACACUGCACAGGAAAGGUGAAUGUGGACGAGCCGCUUAAUCUGGUGAUUGGCAAUGUCAGCCCAACAGCGGUGAUGCUGUCCUGGAGGAGCCACCUGAAAAGUUCCUAUGACAAGAACAUCCUGGAUGAUUGCCUCAUGGACGGUUUCUACACCAUCCGCUACAGGGAGAGAAACAGGAAGUGGAUCUACCGGACAUGCCCGACAAGCGACACAGUCAUCGACAACCUGACUCCUGACACGCCUUAUGAAUUUGGCGUUCGUUCCAACAAGGAUGACCGCAGCGGUGCCUGGAGUAAAGCCAUGAUCCACAGUACCAACAUGGCCGCCAAAAAAACACAGAAGGCACCAAAGCUGCGUCUUCCUUUGGUGAAGCCACUGAACCCUCUCAGGCCUCGCGCUCUCUUCCCGCCACAUCCAGUGAAUCGAAAACGGGAUUUUCCCCCCAUCACGCCCGCCUUGUGGACACGUCCUCGUACAGGGUCUCUCAACAAGAAAACAAAUCUGCUAGGAAAACCAAACCAAUCAGAGAAGACCAGCGACUGGAAACACACAGACAAACUGGCAGUCCUCAAGCUCAAAGUCCCAGUGACCACAACCAAGCCAACUAUGGGCAGGCCAACCAAGCAGGAACGGAAAUACAUCACCACGACAUCACCCACAACCGCAGCCACUCAACAAGAAUCAUGGGAAAACUCAGACUUGUUUCAGUCGGAACCGGCCUCAGACAUUGAUGCCAUGGGCAAAAAGCGUUACGUUGCACCUCACGUCAUCUACCAAACGGGCAAGAAAGCAGACGAGCCGUGUUCUAUUACAUCCUCCUUGAACUUCUUCCCCGAGGAUGAGCGCAGCAACGGCAGUGUGACGGCGGCGCCCAAGUCGCCGCCCUCGAACCUCACCGUUGUAACAGUGGAGGGAUGUCCUUCUUUUAUCAUUCUGGACUGGGAGAAGACCAACAAUGAUACUACAGAGUAUGAAGUCAUCGCAACCACAAAAGGACCUGCCGGUGAGAAAGUUUCCAUUUUGACCACCAACCAGACGCAUACAGCAGUGGAAAACCUGAAACCUGAAAGCAGCUAUGAGUUUAAGGUGAAGCCAAAGAACGACUUAGGCGCAGGUCCAUCCAGUGAACCUGUGUCCUUCAACACAGAGUCAGCGGACCCUCGAGUUAGCGAGAACGUUUCAGGUAAAGACGCCAUCUGGACGCAGUUCCCCUUCAAGGCAGACUCUUAUUCCGACUGUAAUGGGAAACAAUACAUCAAGAGAACCUGGUACCGCAAAUUUGUGGGGGUCCAGCUAUGCAACUCGCUCAGGUACAAGAUAUACCUGAGCGACUCACUAAAUGGUAAAUUCUACAACAUCGGAGAUCAGAGCGGCUUUGGGGAGGAUCAUUGCCAGUUCGUCGAUUCCUUUCUGGACGGAACGACAGGACGACAAGUCAAUGCAGCCCAGCUUCCGCCUAGAUCCGGCUUUCAUCGAGCAGUGCGACAGGAGCCUGUUCAAUUUGGCCCAAUGGGUGGACAUUCCCACGUCAGCUACGUGUCUUGGUAUGAGUGUGGAACUCCCAUCCCAGGAAAGUGGUAAACUGUGACUUUGUGCCAUGGCAUGUCGUGGUACAGGACUUGUUUUACCUUUGCCAUGGCGACGAGUGAAGCUGGCGAACCAGUCUGCCAGGAGUGGGACUCUAUCACAAAUAACAAAAACUCAGUUGCACGUUACCUCAUCAGUGUCGACAUGAGACUUCUAUAUUUGCAAUUUGCACAACACAAAUGUCUUUCUGUGGGUACACAGAGAAUUUACUGUACUGAAAAUGUUUUUCGCUCAACCAGGAGUCAAACUAAAAAACAGACAAAAUUGGUCUUUUCUCUUUAUAUGUUUUAGCACAAUAACUAAACUGCAAAUAAACAACAUGCAUAUGAGGAAAUAUCUGAAUGUUAAAUCAGCUACAUUUGGUCAUCUCCUCUUGUUGGGGAGUGGUUCAUGGGCGGUGUACAUUAACAUUGUAUAGGUUUAAAAAGCGGAACAACAGGGUGUGUCUUUUCUGUAUUUUAUUCACGUUAUUUCUAUUUACUUUAGAAUGUUUGAAAUGUACGUAUCGUAUGUAUUUAGCGCCAGCUACUGACAUGAUGAUUGACAUUUAGUUGGCGUGAAAACAAGAAGUUUUGUCCUUUUUUCUACAGUGUAAAAAUUUGGUUGUUUUUAUGUGUGAACAAAUAAAGACAUUUUCAUUUUUAAAAA